GGAAACGUCAGCUUUUAUUGUGGCGAGCCGGUUUCCGUGGCGGCCACCUUCCCCGGGCCGCAGAGCUUCCUGCAGCUGCCGUGGCCUUCGGUACCUCCCUCUGCGGGCUUCACCGUGGGGUUUCAGUUCAGGACCUGGAACAGGGCGGGGCUCCUGCUCAGCUUCGGCCUCCCUGGGUCAGGGGGCGUGGUCUGGCUCUACCUGAGCGAGGCCAGACUCCGCCUCCAGGUGUACAAACCGGGCAGAGCGGAGCUGGAACUCAGCGCGGAAGCGGCCGUCUCACAGUGUCCGUGGACAAACAGGAAGGGGGUGUUGCCCACGCUAACCCCUCUUUCCCCGUCACCGUAUCCAGCCAACUCUUCUUUGGAG